AUGCGUGUGCUUGUGUUUCUACUCUUUAUAGUUGGAUGUUGUUGUGAUAUACGAGUAUCAAUUGAUCAAAAUGGACGAUAUAACAUAAGUAUUGGCGAUCAUAUAUGGCUUCGUUCAGCUCGUACAGCUUUAUAUGUUGAUAAUAAAUGGUAUUCAUCACAUGAUAAUACUCUACCAUUAAUAGAUAUAUCUUUUGCACAAGGAAUUGAUUCAAAUCUAGGUCAUUGGAAUGAAACUCAAUUGAACUAUGAUCUUGUACGUGAUGGAAUACAUACUAAAAUAGUGGGUCGAAUACGUCAAUGGUAUUCAUAUUCAGCAAUUACAUUUCAUUUAGAUACAGGUGAUCAAAUUAUGACUAAUACAGUUCCACUUACUAUGAAUACUGUUUGUACAGUAUUUCCAUCGUUUGAUAUUGAACAAAUCGAUAGUAAUGAUCAACGAGGUUAUUUUACUAUUGCAGGAGAAAUGGCUGGUGAUGAUGAUAAACAUGCUGGUAGAUGGAAUUCAUCAAAUAAAGUUAUUGAAUCUGGAAUGAAUUCAGGUCCAGUUGUUCUUUUCAAUUUGACACAACGAGGAGAAAAUGAUAUUCUAGUUCUUUCACCUUUUUCACGAUUUAUGGCUACUUCAUUAAGUCAAACAAAUAAUAGAUUAGAAUAUGGUGUUAUGGGUUCAAUAUUAACAAUACCAGCUAAUUAUAAUCAUUCAAUGAUUGUUUUCUAUUCAUCAGAAGGUAUUAAUGAAGGAAUACGAAAAUGGGGUAAAACUAUGCAAAAAGCAUUUAAUCGAACAAAUAAAAAUCGUUUAAAUGAUCUUACUAUUAAUUAUCUUGGUUAUUAUACUGAUAAUGGUGCGUAUUAUUAUAAUAAUACAGAACAAGGAAUGAAUUAUGAAGAAACAAUGAUUAAUGUUCAUAAUCAAAUUCCAUUACCAUUUCAUUAUAUUCAACUUGAUUCAUGGUGGUAUUAUAAAGGUAUUGGAGGUGGUGUUACUCAAUAUACACCAAUGCCAAAUAUAUUUCCUGAUGGACUUCAAGCUCUUCAUCGUCGAUUACAAAAUAUUCCACUAGCAGCACAUAAUCGUUAUUGGGCAUAUGAUACUGUAUAUAAACAAAAUUAUUCUUUUGUUCUAGAUGAACAAAAUGGUAAAGCAUUACCAAUUGGAAAUGAUUCAUUUUGGUUAGAUUUAUUUACACAAACACGUGAUUGGGGUCUUAUUCUCUAUGAACAAGAUUGGCUUGAUCGUCAAACAUAUAAUUUUUCACCAACAUUUACUGAUAUUCAUAUUGGACAUCAAUGGUUAAUGUCAAUGGGUGAAGCAGCUGACAAAGUAGAAAUAAAUAUACAAUAUUGUAUGGCUUUGCCACGUCAUAUUCUUACAGCUUUACAAAUUCCACGUGUUACACAUGCACGUGUAUCAACAGAUUAUGCUUUUCAUCUUAAAAGUGAAACUGCACCUCAAUGGGCUAUUGGAAUAUCUAGUAUGUUUGCUGAUGCAUUAGGUUUAGCACCAUUCAAAGAUGUCUUUUGGUCUAAUUCAUAUGAGCCAGGUGCACCUUACUCGGAUUCUCCUCGUGAAAUACUUCCAGAACGUGAAAUACUUAUUGCUACUCUCUCAACAGGACCUGUUGGACCUGGUGAUGGAAUUAAUUAUACGAAUGUUGAAAGAAUUAUGAAAUGUUGCCGUCAAGAUGGAUUGAUUUUAAAACCUGAUCGACCAUUAACAAUGAUUAAUAGAUUAGCAUCAGACUGGGCAUUUUAUGAUGGUAUUUCACAGGGUGAACUUUAUUCAACACGAACAACAAUAACUAAUCAAACAUUUUAUGUAAUCUUUGCAUCAUCUCUGAAACGAGAUUAUUCAAUUUAUCCUUCCAUGAUUGAAGCUCAAUCCGGAGUCGUAUGGCCAUAUGAUGAUUCAACUAAUGUAUCAUCUUUCUCUGAUGUUAAUCCUCUUAAUAUUUCACAUUGUACAUGUAGUGCUGCAUCAAUAUGUCUUUGGUAUGUCUCACCUCUUAUUCAACUAACUCAAUCAACACCUACAAUCUAUUAUGCUCUUCUUGGUGAAUCGAAUAAAUGGACAGCUAUUAGUCAACAACGAAUUCGAUUCAUAGAUAAUCAAAUAAAAAAUAAUAUAGCAAUUAUUGGUCUACAAGGUGCACCUAAUGAAUUAGUUUCAAUCAAUAUCUUUCAUACAGUUUUAUUAUCUACCACCGUAACCUGUCCAAUGGCGAGUGACACCGGUAUUGCUCGACUUAUAAUCACAUCAUCAAAUAUGUUUUGUGGUUUUUAG